AGACCCGCACAACUUCUUUCACCUUUAUUAACAAACUCUCAUCUCAGCUACUCUUUCCGAUAUGGCUCUCCAAGCUCUGAACUCUCCGACCACUCCGCCGCCGUCAGUCUUUCAGUUCGACACCGCCACCACCAGCCUCGAUCAGCGGUGGUCAACGGGGAAGCGAUCCAAACGGCAGCGCAGCGACGACCUUCAGCCCACCGAGGAAGAGUAUCUGGCUCUCUGCCUUAUCAUGCUCGCUCGAAGCGGUGAUGGGUCUUCGUUUAAACCGGAAUCGGAUUCAAAGCGGUGCCUACAGCCGCCGCUUGCGGCGGCGGCGGGUGCAGCGGAGGCGGCGGAGCAGGGGCUCAUGUACAAGUGCUCUGUUUGCGAAAAGGCGUUCGCGUCUUACCAGGCACUAGGAGGGCACAAGGCGAGCCACCGUAAGCAGGCCGGAGGCGGCGGCGAUGACCAAUCAAAUUCCUCUACCACCUCCGGUGCCGGCGCCGGUGGAAGGACCCACGAGUGCUCCAUCUGCCACAAGUGCUUCCCCACCGGGCAGGCCCUGGGCGGCCACAAGAGGCGCCACUACGAAGGCACCGUCAGCCACGGCGGAGCAGCCGCAGGCGCUAGAGGCGGCGGUGCUGUAACGUAUUCGGAGGGAGCGGGGUCCACCAACAGCCACCGUGGAUUUGAUCUGAACCUCCCUGCCUACACCGGAAUGUGCCCUGUUUCAGGCGAAGAUGAGGUGGAAAGUCCUCACCCGGCGAAGAAACCGCGUGACCCAAUUGCAACAAAGUUCGAUUUGAUAUAAGAAAACGUGCUAGGAUGUCUUGUUUUCGUAUAAAUCGUUUAAUUUCUUUAUUUUAUUCCAUUUUUUUUCGUUAGUUUAUACACACAAAUUCUUUGUUGUAAAUAUAGUUUGUGCUACUCAAUUAGUAUAUUUAAAUUUAGUUUUAUUUUAGUUAAAUCUAGUAUUGAUCGUUAAGAUUUUGAGGAA